GGAACACGGUCACCGAGUUACCACGAUUCUAUUAUCAGGGUUAUUAAACAGGCUAAUUAAAAAGAGGAUCCAAUUAAACCGACGAUCGCGGUGAAAUUUCCACGUGUUUGGUCGAAUUAGCGAGUCGAGAAAGAAGGAAAAACAAGGGAAUAAAGAUGAUCGUUUACGUUCCCGGUAGAAUGCCAAGCCACGUUGGUCCGUACGGCGCCGCUCGUUACCCGGGCACCCUGCUAGGUGCAGUGCCGGGUUUUUAUAGCCCGAUUUCCGGUUAUACGACCAGCCCAAACUCCAGCUACUACGGAAGCCUCAGCCUGCAUCAGCAACCACCGCUGGACCUUCCGGUUUGGCCGCGAAGGAUGCCGGUCGAGGAGGAACUGGGAACGUCACCGUCGGCCGCGUUGCCAGGACUGGGAGUCUCUUCGGGUGGCCUGGCGAACGGUGGACCACCGAGUCCUGCGCACAGCGACUCUGACGCUUCCAGUUCCAGCUUGGAACUGGGAUCUAUUCGUCGCGGGGAGAACGCUCAACUCAAAUGCAGAUGGCAAAAUUGUGGUCGAUGGUUCACGUCCUUGGAGCAACUGGCAGGACACGUUGCGCGACUCCACGCUGCGCCAGGACCACGAGGACUGUUUUAUUGCGGUUGGGAAGGAUGCGCGAGAGGUGAACGUGGAUUUAACGCGAGGUACAAGAUGUUGGUCCACGUUCGGACGCACACAAACGAGAAACCGCAUCACUGUUUCCAAUGCGACAAGAGCUUCAGCCGAGCGGAGAAUCUGAAGAUCCACGCCCGUUCUCAUACGGGUGAACGUCCCUACGUGUGCCCGGUGGAAGGCUGCAACAAGGCGUACUCGAACUCUUCGGACAGGUUCAAGCACACCAGGACCCACGCCGUGGACAAACCCUAUUGCUGUAAGGUCCCGGGUUGCCCGAAACGAUACACCGAUCCUUCGUCUCUGCGCAAGCACGUCAAGACUUACAGACAUUACGUGAACAACAACGACAAAGUCCAGGAAAAGAGCUUCGACGACAACAACUCGCAAGAGAAGGCGAGGUUCGACACCACCUCGCCGGAAAAGCAGAACAGCACAACCCAUUCCGAAUCCGAUAAGAAGGAUAGCAGCAUCGAGAGCAGUACGUCGGGAUCGAGUCCGAAAGUUAGCAAUAGCUUCGAGGAACAGAGAAACUUCGUCGAGUGGAACAACAUGUAUAAUUUGCAAGAACAACGUAAAGAACAAGAUCAGAUCACACCGAGAAAAGCAUACGAGCAGGACGUGAAGAUCUAUCCGAGGAUUUACGACGAGAACUACGUAAUAGCAGAUAGGAUCCAAGUGAACCCUAUGUAUGUCUCAAACAGCCCGGUAAUCAAGGAGAGCCCACCGGUUCGGUCUCCGCAGACCAGUCCCCAUCACGUUCCUGACUCCCUGUCUCGCAUUGGGAUGCAGUCGACGCCCAUCAAGACCGAGGAACCAAACGAACACUCGAGCAAGGUCAGCACCGUCGACUACCGAAACAUCGAGUCGAUCGUAAACAGCAACCCAUGCAAAAAGGAGAACACCGUAGUCUGCGACCCGGUGAGAAAUUCUGUGAUAAAACGAGCGGAGGACCUAAAAAUGGAAGUUGACCAGACGCCGACCAAGGACGACAUCUGCAAAGACACCACCGACUGCUGUUGCCGCCACAAAUGUUGCGUGCAUAGCAACGAUAACAUCCUAGAGAAGACGAAAAUCCUCUCGGACCUAAUCCUCAAAACACAGAAUCCUUUGUUUAGGCAUCUACUCGGCUCGGUGGACUUACAGUAUGGGCUGCAGAAUAUGUGGGGCAACAUCGUGGAUACGAACAACACCUGCGGACAAGAUCUUCGAGUUAAGAUCGAGAAUGUCGUGGAAAUGGAGCAAGAUCUUCCUUUGGAUUUGACGAUUAACAAGUAAUUACAAGUUCGCGAAUUUCUAUAGCUGAUCGUUGUCACUGGAUCGCUUUCGGACGUGGUAGAUCCACGUCUUAUUCGUGACUAGAACGUUGAUUUUACGAUUCGAAAGUCAGCUGCCUCAAACUACCAGCCGUGGUCUGUGUGAAGCGUUCUCUCGAGGUCGUCCCGGGGUUCACUGCCCCGUUACUCGCCGGGUGGACGAAGAUAUUUUCCGGAAACCAUCAUAUUCCGUCGCGAUAGAUUUAUCGAUCGUUGUUAUCCGGGACGACCUGGAGCAUUCGCAAAUUGCGGGAAAUUAUAUCCGGACCACGGCCGGUCUUUGCAUUCGAUGAAAUUCUUGUCGAAUGUACGUGGAACGUUUGGGCAUUCUUCACACCAAUUACUCAAUAAAACAAAGAUUACUUGAUAGUCGAAUGAAAAUUUCAUGG